AGACAGUCUGUUUUUACUGCUGUGAAGAGAAAAUCUUUGGUCUCUGAAUCUCCUGGACAGAGAGUGGAAUAAAAGCUGUUGUUGCUGUCUACAUCUUCACAAAGCUUCUCUAAAGUUGUAGCUAUAUCCCAGAUUCUCAGUCUGGGACAGAAGUUCUUUAGGGCUGCAUGACGUGAGAGAGAUCACCAACAGAAAGUGCCUUUGAGAAGAUAUCCCCGACUUGAAGUUGGUCCCUGUACAUUGGUCUGUGUCUGUGCUCUCUUCAGACUCAAGCACCAACAAAGGAUACCUCAGCUAAAAGCCCUUUGCCACCACUUUGCACUCCAGCACCUAAAAGAGUGCUAGAGCCAUAAUAUUAGAGAAUAAGAGGACGGAGAAUAAUGACCAAAUGGCCAUUUGAUCUUUCGGUUCCAGCUGAUGGAGGACUCACCCGGUUGUCUUAAAAGAGGACUUUGCACCUGCAGUCAACCUACAGUUUUUAGUGUAUGAGGCGCAUGACAAUAAGACUGACUUUUAAAAUUUAAUGUAUGAUUAAAACGUCUGAACAUGGCAUUGAACAUUUCUUCGGUAAGAGACACAAAAUGGCUAACCCUGGAGGUCUGUCGACAGUUUCAGCGAGGGAACUGUUCUCGUAGGGAUGAGGAAUGCAAAUUUGCUCAUCCACCAAAGAGCUGCCAAGUUGAAAAUGGUAGAGUAAUUGCCUGCUUUGACUCACUGAAGGGUCGAUGCUCAAGAGAAAACUGCAAGUAUCUUCAUCCACCUUCACACUUAAAAACCCAGUUAGAGAUAAAUGGACGCAAUAAUCUCAUCCAGCAGAAGACCGCGGCAGCUGUACUCGCCCAACAGAUGCAGCUUGUGAUCCCUGGACCCAGUCUGCAGCCUGUGGGACUUGGCACAAGUACCGGUCUUGGUUACGGUUCAUACAUGACACCUUUGAGCCAUGGAAUGAGUAUUGUUCCCUCAGACAUCCUCCCCAGCACCCCAGUUCUUGUUCCUGGGAGCCCGCCUGUCACGGUCCAGAGUUCCUCUUCUUCUUCUUCUUCUUCUUCUUCUCCCUCACAGAAGCUGCAGCGUACAGACAAACUAGAGGUUUGUCGUGAAUUUCAGCGGGGAAACUGUGCAAGAGGGGAGACAGAUUGCCGAUUUGCUCACCCCAGCGACAGUCCGAUGAUUGACACCACCGAUAACACAGUCACAGUUUGCAUGGACUAUAUCAAGAGCCGCUGCUCCAGGGAGAAGUGCAAGUAUUUUCACCCGCCUGCACACUUGCAGGCCAAAAUCAAAUCCGGUCAACAACAAGUCAGUCAGACAGCCGUUGCAGCCCAGGCCGCAGCUGCAGCCAUGACUCAGUCGACUGCCAAAGCAAUGAAGCGACCCCUCGAGGCAACUGUAGACCUGGCCUUUCCCCACAGCGUCCUACAACCCCUACCAAAGAGACCAGCUCUUGAGAAGAGCAGCUGGGCCAGCUCUCUCCUCAGCCCCAGUUUUUUGCACUACCAACAGGCUCUGGCCAAUGCACAGCUGCAGCAGCCCUCUGCAGCAUUUUAUCCCACAGGUUCUGUGUUGUGCAUGACUCCCGCUAACAGCGUUGUCCCCAUGAUGUACAGUGCUACGCCUGCUACUGUCUCUGCAGCAACUUCUCCUGCCACAAGUGUCCCCUACGCAGCAACAGCAACAGCCAAUCAGAUCAUCCUCAAGUAACCACCAGAAACAGGAGUCAGUGCCAUGUUGCUGCUGUUAAAGGUUCCAAACAGCCACUAUGUAAAUACUCUGUUAACACCACACGCCACAUACAACAAGCUGCAUGCUGAUAGCAUCACUGAUGGAAAACUUGUAGACAUUACUUUUAUCUAUGAUACUAAACUACAUAACUCAAUUACUAGGAUUAUACUGUGUUAAAUAAACCUCACAGAAGAUUAUUGUAUAUACAUGUCUUUGCACCUGAAUUAACAUGCAUCCUCAGUAAUGUGCAAAACAUCCUGGUUUCUAUUUCCCAAAAUGAAUUCUGACAUGGCCAGAGGUGCCACUUAGCCCCUUAAUUAGCAGAAAUGGAGUGUGUCUCAAGUUCGCAUAUAGGAGCCUCAUAAAUGAGCUUUUCUCAACAAAUUCAACCUGGAAACACACUGAAAAACAGAAAUACAAUUCACUCCCAAUUGUAAGUGAUGUAAAUUUUACAAGUUGAAGAGAUGAGCAUGACACAUCUGAGACCAGUUUUCAGUGUUUAAGGGUCCUAUAUUGGAGUUCGUUCAAAUUUUAUCUUCAUGAUAUUGAGCAACACAUUAGUCUUUUGGGGUUUUCUUUUUCUUCCUGAAUGUCUUAUUUAACCUAAGAAAGUUAAUUUCACAUUAAUGAUUGUUUAUCUGGUGCCAGAUUUAAUUAUUUCAUCUAACUCAUAAAAAGCGCUUAUUUUAAAUCUAAAGUCCACAUUGUAAAAAUAUAAUUUAAGAGCAGGCUAAUGGAAGUGAAGUUCUGGGGGUAGUCAGUCUGUGUUGUUUACCCCUUUUUCCCCCAGAAAACAGGAUCAGUGCUCCACCUCCUGGUGUGCCUUUGCAUUACACAUACUAUACAUUAUAUUUGCUGGUAGAGAAUUCAGUAUGAUCCAUUUGCUGCAGAUACUUUCCUCUUAAAGGCAGUAAAGCAACAGUGAUUCAAAGUGAUUCCCCUGCUUUUAUAUUGAAAAAAAAUAGUUUGCAAUAGUCCAAAGGUUCUGGUGACUAUUGGCUUGUUGGUGUAUCCAUGUGGUGGUUUUCAUUUCUGGGGCAGGUUUCACAAAGAUAGACUCUGACAAUGGCUUAGAUCAAACUUAUAAUAAUUAGAUUUCAGAUAGACGUGUAAAUUCAUCCAUUGCACAAAACUGUCUAGUUCUUGACUCCUUUAAGUGGGACUAUUAAUUCUGAGUAAAUUAAGACUUCAAACUAAAAUACAUGGCUGACCGAGUAACAAGACCGCUUAGCAGAAAAUGUUUGACUCAUGGGAAAAUUGGUCAGACAGAAUGGUCAAACAAAAUCAACUAAUGAAGUCCUCACAGCUGUAUAUUUCCAACAGAUUACUGUAGUCACUUGAAAUCUUCCGCUUCUCUUUACUCGCUCCUCAAUAUUAUUAGCAAAUCACAAAUUAUGCACCAUGUUUUCCUCUUUUAUGUCCUUUGGUGCCACUGGUCAGCAGAUGUCACUGAUAAUUACCUUGAAAACAGCAGAGCUAACAGCUAAGUCUUACUUUAGUCUGUGAAAUUAUUUGACUUGCAUUACAUUAAUUUAUUUACUAUGUGAUUUGGCAAGACUGACGAUGAAGUCCAUGUUUUAUUAUAUUAAUAGAUUUUUAUUGCCCAUUAUAUGAUGAUUUAAGGGCUACAGUAAAAUGCCUUUAAUUUCUGAUGAGUUCUUCGAGAUGAAAGAAAACCACGUCCUUCUCUUUGCAAUGCAACGUAAGAAGUUAUGUCCACGUCUGACAAAUGUAUCACCACUGCAGAGUAUUUUUGGUGUCAUCGUAGUCCAUGUGGGUUGGGCACUUGUACAUGCAUGACACCAAAUAUAAGUAACCAGCUGGACUAACACUACAAGCCAGUCUAUAGUAUCUUUGUGAAACUGGCUCCUGGUUCAGCUUGAAAUAGCAAACCAUGUUUCUAAGAAGAGCCUCCACAGCCAUUAUAGUUAACUCAGUAAAACAAUAUGGGAGCACUACUGCUUGUAUUCAGACUAAAGGUCUUGUGAUCCUGUAAAGUUCGAGUUGAACUGUUAGUCUUAAUGUUACAGUCAGUUGUCAGUACUGUAUUAUUUGAAUGUUACAAGUGCCUAAUGAAUUGUGCAUGCAACAACAUCUAAACAUAUUUAAAAGGCUUUGUGUGAAAAAUCAUUCAAUUAAAUCUACUUGACUUAAGUCACAUUUAGAAAGAAAUGUUUAGCAAUGCCAUGUCGGUGCAUUAGUACUUCGUGUAGACCUGUUUAGAUUUAGUCUUACUAAUUCUCACUCAUGUGACAUUCACUCAGAUUUGUAUGUACUGUAUGUACAGUGUGUAAGAAUGAAUAUCCAGCUAGUUUUAUUUUGUUUUACAUUUGAGGUGAUUAAGUAGUUUCUGACAAUGUUUCCUAAUUAGUUAAAUGCACAGUAAAGUACUUUAUGUAGUAAAGUAGAAACCAAGCAAAUAGACUUUUUGGUGAAGUGUAGUUAAUGUAUGAUUGAUACCACGAUAUGCAAUUACCCAUCUUUGUUUGAAACUUUGAGCAGACAGAGUGGGCACUGUGUCUGGUUAAGUGAAAAGCAAAACUGAUGUUAAAUAUAGUUUUCACUCACAUAUGUAAUGUUCUCUUGAACACCUUUUAUAUACGUUUUAGUUUCCUAUUUUGCAGUGUGUGAAAAUAUCAACCUUUCCUUUAAUGUUUCCGAUGUCUGUUCAAGUGACUGACGUUUUCAAAAUGUGCGUGUGUGUACACAUGUGUGAUUAUCUCAGACAAUCCACCAAGAGAUAUUGCAUUUGUUAACAUUUUCAUUAUGUAUUUUCCUUGUGAAAAUGUUUACACAUUAUUGGAUGGAAUAUAUGGAGUAUACUUGCAUAUUUUACUAGUUUAUCUUUAGCUAGGAACACGUUUAAUAUAUAUAUUCUCCUCUAUUUUACGAUGAAUGUAAUUUAUUAAACUGACUUUAGCUCUGCUGGAGGGUCCUCAAAGGGCCUUGAUCUGUUGUUUUAGCCUAUGUAAAGCCGUCUGUGUCGAGGGAUCAAAUGUUGGAGCAAAGAGAAGCUUAAAACAUUUCCUCCUUGUCACUGCCUUGUCACCUGUAUGGGACAACAAACCUUUGUAUGAGCAAGGCCAUAGAAUUGCUUUGUAUGUACAAAAGUGUAUUGUACAGGCCACAUUUUAUGAAAAACUAAUUUUCACAAUAGUGUAAUAAUAGUUUAAUUUAAUUGUUUUGAUUUGUUGCUGAGGCAGUCUGGAGUAAAAACUGUAUUUUUGUAGGUGAAAGUAAAGCGUUUUUCCUCCUCACAAUAACACAUUGGAUUUAACUGUUAAAUAUUUGACUUUACUAUGCCAUGGUGAAACACUGUAAGUGAUCCGGUGCAUACAAAAGAGUUUCUAGUUUGAUUUUUGUGUUUUACGUAGUUUCCACUGCAUGUUAACAUCUGGCAACAACAAUAUAAUCCACCACAGAGUGAGCUAAACUUUCAGAAGUCAGAACAGAAAGUCACCUGAUGGUUAAGCGGCAAAAGUUUUUCAAAGUUUUGUUUGUUAUUAGAUAGAUGAAAAGUUUCCCUAAUUUAUUAUCCCUGCAAAAAGGCAUAUUUCUGAAUGUUUGUUUCACCUUUUGGCAAAAGGCUCAACUGUCAUGUGCAUACAGAGGUGUAAGAAUGUUUGGUCUGACUGACGGAAACUUUUCUCAAGCACUUUCUCAACAGUCAGACCACUGAGAAGAUAUGCUUAUUGUGAACUUUGCCUUAUCUUUGAUCUAUUCCUAAGUUUGCAUCUGUUCAGUAAUUAUGAAUUCAGCGUUGUCCACUAACUAAAAAUAAUUUCACUCAACCAUUUUGUAAAAUUGUUGCCACAUGAAUAUUUUUCGUUUAAGGCCAAAAUGACAGAUUGUAAAACAAACUCAGACACUACCCUGAAAGGCUUGAUGCUGAUAAGACUGACAUAAAUUGUUACAUUAAAACGUAACAGACUUCUGAUGAAGCUGUCAUGCCAGUGUCAUUUGGCUCCAUUCUGGCCUGAACAUAAAAUGUCCCUCCUUUUAUUUGAAGAUUUGUGAAAAUAAUUUUAUUUGUGCAUAAUUAAGCAUUUCAUGUUUAUCGUUUUGUUCCUGUAAAUUCAAAAUUGUGUAAAAUCUAAUAUCGCAAAUAAAUAAAUGUCAAGUAAA